GGCGGGGCGGGGCAGAGCGGUGGGGUCGCCGCCCGCCGUUUCUGCCCCCUCGGGGACGGACCUCGGCGGGCCCCUGGCGCUCGGCGGGGCGGCGGCGGCGGCCCGGGGCCUCCUGGCGGGACGGAAACGGCAGCUCGGGAGCAGAAGUGGAGGCGUAAAUAGCGUUAUGUAUUGAGGCAGAGGAAGUAGAUUUGUAUCGGGCGCAAUUUUUCAGUACCUUUACCCUCAGCUGUAUGUUUGGCGGUAUAUACCGAGUAGUGAGAUGUCCUCAAAAAAGAAAAUUAAGAUAAAUCAUUCCGGAAAGAAAUUAAAGGAACACAAAGCCAACUCCCAUCCUCGCUGCAAAGCGCUUCCGCUUGAGGAACCAGAUGUCUCAAGGAUAUUGAAGGUAGCAGAAGGAAAUCAACUUGAGGAGCUUGACGAUUCAUUUGAUCACCCUUUGCACAGUACUGCUGUGGAUGCUUACGGAGAGGAACAUUCACAAAACGAGUCAAUUAGUCACAUUUCAGCUCCACGAAGGAGAAAUAAAGAAAGAAGUAAAAAAACCCAUCACUUGGAAGCGUCUGAUAGUGAUGUUCAGAAAUCCAGCACAGCUGAUCCUGAAGAUGAAUCCCUUAAGGAGACUGUGAAGACUCUGAAUAUUACUCAAUUCCAGGCAAAAAAGAAGCAGCGGCCUUCAGAGAAGGACACGUCAGAUCCUUCUGGGGGGAGCCCGUGUUCUAUAGAGGUUUGGUGUCCCAAAAAGCUGAAUAGAUCUCCCAGAGAUAUUACAGAACUGGAUGUUGUUCUGGCUGAAUUUGAGAAGAUAGCAGCAAAUUACAGACAAAGCAUAGAAUCAAACGUGUGCAGAAAAGCUAUCGAUGGCUUCUGUUCUGCUUUCAAGGAGCAAAUCACCGAUCUUAUAGCGGAGGUCCAGGAAUUAAAGAAUAUGAAGAAAAAAAAUGCUAAGGUGAUAAUGGACAUCAAAAAGAAAAGGCAGGGACUGUUGCAAGUCAGAGAAGAGCUAAUUGGAGCUGAUCCACAACUGAUACAACUACAAAGAGAAUAUGCUGAGCUACAGGAAAGGAAAUCUUCCUUGAGGCAGGCAACUGAAUUACUUACUGAUUUAAAGGAACUACGGCAAGACUGUUUGGAUUACAGAGAAGAAAACCCACACGGAAAAGUGAUAUAUGGAGUUUCCAGCCUACCUGCUCUUCUGGUGGAGUCGCGGAGAAUUCUAGGAGCAGAAAGACACUUCCAAAAUAUCAACAUGAAACUGGAAGAGGCUCUGACUGUACAAAGAGGGCAACUAUCAAAGAAACAUUAAGUGUUUUUAAUAAACUUUUUGUUGUUCGUCAGGAACAAUUAUUAGAAUGGUCAGUGCUUAGAGCUUGUUUAAUCUUUGUUGCUGUAUUUUGCUUCAGUAUUUAAAAGAAGUCAGUGAAUUAGUCAGAUUGUAUCUUUCUAUUGUCAAAUAGUCCACAUGAGAACUUACCCAGAAUAUCAGUGAGAUUAUAGUAAAAUAGCAAUUCCAGUUGAACUAGUAGAACUCUCCUGUGCUUUGUUAACAAUGUUAGUUUUUAAUCUUGGGCUAUUAAAGCCAUGUGAUCUUGAAAGCAAUAUAUACUUUUAAAAGAGAACACAGUCAUUGGUUGAACUACUGAUAGACAAAUCUUUCUAUUAAAUUUGCAUUUGAAAUAAAUAAUUUCCUCCCA